GACAAUGAAAAAAAGUUGGCAGCAGUGAGAGAAGUUAAAUCACGGAAAAGAUAUGUGUUGCUUAAUCUAGCUCAAGACGGGAGAGGAGGAUCUGUGAGAAAGAGGGAGAGCUGCUGGAGUGGUUGACACACUUUUCUGCCGCUCCCUGACCGAACGAAACAUGGAGGGUGCCAUCAAGACGCUGGUGACGACAUUUAUAAGUUCUUCCAGGGGGAAGGAUAACCUUGAUUCCAAAUCCUUCCAGAAGCUGGUACAGAAGCAGUUCAGCGGCAUGAUGGAGGACACAAACAGCUCCAAAAAAAUUAAGGAGAUGCAGGCGGGAUUGGACGCCAACAACGACGGAAAAGUCAGCUUCCAGGAAUACCUCACUCUGAUUGGUUAUUUGGCCAACUGCGUGAGUGACUCCAAGACCAACAGUUCACAAGCCGCGUCGGAUGCCUCGUAGACGACUGUGAAACCGCGGCUUUCAUAAGAUCUGAGACGUAUCGGCCUUUUCCCACUAUCUCUUUCCUCAUUUGCAGACCUUCCAGUCAGUAUGUAAACACUGAGUCUCAGCAGUCCAUAAUCAUUUUUCGCCAGUUAAUCAGCCAGCUGUAAAACGCUCUCGACUACAUUUCGCCUGUCCACAUCUCCCCAUGUUGUUUUCUCCUGUUAAUGAUCUGAAGGACUUUGAGCUGGUCUUUUUUGAUACCGAUUAAACAAAGGAUGGACACUCUGUUAUCCAAAUAAAAGCUUUGUACUAAAAGUGAA